AUGUUCUCUAAAACAGUUGCAAAAAUAACAGUGCUAUUAAUUGUCAUUAAUGGUUUUUUAAAUGUCUCAAUUAAUGCCAAAGAAAAUGAUCGCAUUAUUGGAGGACAGGAUGUUCUAGUAGAAGAGUUUCCACAUCAAGUGUCCUUACGAUUCAAAAAUUUUCACAUUUGCGGAGGCUCUCUUUUGAAUAGCCGCUUAGUUUUGACGGCCGCACAUUGUGUAGAUUCAUAUAAAUCGAGUGAUCUUCCAAAUUUAAAUGUCGUACUUGGUUCCUCUACGUUGAAUUCUGGAGGCGUAUCGAAACCUUUCCAAUCGUUUGCCAAACAUCAAUACUAUAAUAGAGACAAUUUGAAUUACGAUGUGGCGCUGGUCAAAAUGAACACACCGGUAACAUUUACCAGUUCUAUACAACCAAUCACUUUAUCGAGGACGAAUCCAAAAGAAGGAGCUCAAGUUUAUGUCACUGGAUUUGGAGUACGCCAAAAUAAUGAGACUGAGUCUUCAAACAAACUUCAAGGUGUUCAACUUAAUUUCAUUCCAAGGGCAGCUUGUAUAUCACCACCCAAUAAAUACGACCCAUCAAUUGUAACUCCAGUAAUGAGUUGUGCUGGUGCUACACAAAAGGGAUCAUGCAGAGGAGAUUCCGGAGGCCCAUUGACUGAUAUAACCACAAAAACGUUAGUGGGAAUUGUAUCAUGGGGAUAUAUAUGUGCUGAUGAAGGCUUCCCAGGAGUUUAUGCCAAUGUUCCGGCUCUUCGUAGAUGGAUCGUAAAUUCGAUGAAUAUUAUGUCAAGAACAUAAAACCUAUUAGAAAACAAGAACAGUUUGUCAAUUCACUUAAUUAUAAGAAGUAGAGAGUUUUCCAAUAAGAGAUUUCAAUUUGAACAGCUGGCUAUUUUGACAGCUGUCAUAUUUUGACAUUUGACAAGUAAAAACUACGCCAUUGCUAAAAAUGAAAAGAUGGUCGCCUUAGAAACGCA